UCCAAACUAGCAGCUGUAUUUGACGUCUACCGAAUUCAAGAUGGCGACAGAGACGGCAGGGGACGCGGCCCUGCCUAUUGUGGAGGUGUGCCUUGGGACACAUGAUCACGUGGGCUGUCAGGAGUGCAUGACCCUUACACUCAGGAAGGAGGCCAUAUCAACCAAUAUGUCGUUCAAAGUCGGCGCAUCCAAUCACGUGAUUUCGGAACCAGGCCACAUGACCACGGACAGCGAACCGGAAAUGCAGUUCUACACAUGCGCGUGCAACAUGCCAGAUAAAACAAAGCUACUUGUCGACGGGCGAGAACACGGGACGGAAAUAAAACGAAUUCGCGUCGUGGAGAACAACAUCGUAACCGAUUUCUUAGAACUUAAUUUAAACAUAUGCUGUAUUGUUGCGGUCGGUAGCAAUAUCGCUGCAGUUUCGCUGUAUGAGAAAAUCGCCAUUAUAUCUCUUGAUGCCAAAAUGACCGUGCAGCGGUAUUUGACUUUUGAUGACCACGAUUGUGAAGGGUUGGGUUUCCAUGAUAACCAGCUGUAUGUAUCCGACGGAAUGCACACUUUGUUUUGUUAUACAACAGAAGGUGAACGUCUGAGGACGAUUGAAGCGGAUUUCGCGGAUGAGGAUGAACAUUUACGGCUCGGGGAGCUGGUGCUGUCUGAUGACGGGCAGAUUGUGUACUCGUGUGACUAUGCGAACGUGUUUGCGAUGGAUUUAAGCGGCCAGUUAUUAUGGAAAUUCCAACACGAUUCGUACAAGACUCUAUCGGCUUUGACCGUGGACCAAAACAACAGCGUCUAUGUCAGCGAUUUCGAAGAGAAUAAAGUGCUGCAGAUUCGGAAUAGAGGCCGGAAUGUUUUCGUGCUCAAUGAUGGCGACUGCAGUCUCGUGCAAAGCCCGGCGGCGGCCUACUUCUGCCGGGACCACUUCCGGUUAGUGGUUUUCGCCGGCGGUCGAGAGCCGGCGUCGGAGUAUCCGUAACAUUGUGGUUAAGAAAAGGGACAAGAACUGCGCUGUAUACAAAUAUUGUUGAGCUAUAGUAAGACUAACUUUGUGAGCGAAAAUAGUAUUUACACGUUUAAAGGGCUGGAUACAAUAAAUAAUUUCAAGUACA